GGCAGUGGACAGUGGUUCUCGGCAAUUGACUGUGAACCCUUCAGAAUUUUAAUGAGCUAACCCUUCUCUUUUUCCAUACCCAGGUCAAUGCUGUUAGCAUCUCCAACAGCUCUGCUAUCAUCAGAAAAUGUUAUCAAUGAAACAAUUAGUGAAAUCACGGCAUCCACCAGUGAAUGUGGAUCCAGCAGAAGGGGUAGAGAUCACACCGGGACUGAGCUUGGCUACACUGAAGCCCAAAAUUAUGAAGUUCUCGAAGACUUCUCUGAUAGUUUUGUGCGUUGGGUGACCUACGGGGAAGCAAUCUGCCACUGAAGGCUAUAAUUUUGUCUCCGGCACUAAUAGCUAUCGGCUCCAGGAACCGUUGGCAGCAAGGAAGCUAGGCCACACCUGGGAAGAUAACUUAGCUUGAAAGAGUAAAUAGACUACAGUUUUUAAGAUUCUUUUGGAGCUCUUUUCUGUUCCUUUUUUCCUUUCCCUUCUGUUUAUGUGCUCUGAUAUUUAGUCCUCCACACCACCUCUAGUAUAUGUGUAUAUAUCCAUAUCAUAAACUAAUGGUCGGAGCUCCACCUUCUUAGCACUAGGGCUACUAUUAUUGAUUCUUUUCAUUUAUUUGUGGAUUUUUUACUUUGGUGGAAACAAUUGACGUUGCAAAUAAGUUUCUCAACCAUA